AUGCACGGCCGCUGUGGCAGCUUCAUCCGAAGCUCGGCCCGCGGCUUCUGCAGCCAAGUGCCGGGUGUACCUGGCCUUGGCCAUACACCGAAGACUCGCAAAGGCGCCCUGGACUUAUACGGCCGCUGGGCAGCCAGCUAUGACGACACCGUCCGAUGCUGGGACUACCGUUCCCCGGCCCGGGUUGCUUCGUUGCUGAAGAGCUUCCAGAGCGUUGGGGCUGCGCGGCCGCUGCCCGUGCUCGAUGCCGGCUGUGGCACUGGCUUGAGUGGGGAGGCCCUGGCCGCUGCCGGUUUCAGCUCGCUGGUGGGUGUCGACGUCAGCAAGGAGAUGUUGCGGAUCUGUGAAGGGAAGCGCCUCUACAGCUCCGUUGCCUGCUGGGAUCUAGAGGGCUCCCAAGGGCCUCUGCCUUUUCCCGACAAGUGCUUCUCUGCUGUGGUGUGUGUUGGGGUCCUCUCUUACAUCCAGUGCUUCGACGUAGUCUAUCGGGAAUGGUGCAGGGUGGUCGCACCCGGUGGGCACGUGAUCUUCACGCACCGUGACACUCUUUGGGAUGCCGACGUGCACUCGUGCCGAUCUUCCGCUCGGGCGUUCGAGUCCCCAGGCCUUGGGCUUGCUGGUUGGCGCAGGAUCUACUGCUCGGAGGCCGAGGCUUACAUGCCAGAUACGCCUGAAGAUCGGGAGAAUGUGAAGAUGGUACGAUAUCUGGUGUUCCAGGCCGCCUGA